AUGAGCAGCUAUUUUAGUUUUUUUAGUCAAUUGAACCGGUCAGAGAUCAAGAGAAGUAGUACUGGUAAUGGUAUAGAGCAUUUUGACCACGAAGAAGAAUCUUUACCGUGUCAGAUUCAAUACAUUUGCGUCUUCACCACAGCAACGAAAAACGACGAAAGGGGCAAUAACAACGAUGAUGCUGGUGCAUCUGAGAAAUCUAGUCAAGAUGCUUUGACCCGUAUACUAGUAUUCGUGGAAAACGAUGAUGGAACCAUAUCAAGUUUGCUACGGAAACAAUUUGAAGAGCGAUUACCGGGUUUACUUCAAGGGGUCGGUGGCUUUUUGCAACAGUUUGACGGAGUACAACAAUAUGACACAUAUAAACAUGGAGAUGGAAAGGGAGAUGGUUAUGGAGUCCAAAAAAGCAGAUGCCUUGCAGAACCUCUCAUUAUCAAGUCAAAGAGUAACACAUUAAUUGUUUUGGAAUUAGAAAAUGACCAUUUUUUUGUAUGCUCAGUAUCAUCGACAAAUAGCCCCGCUAUCCACCAGUUACAACAUCUCGUUUACGGAUACCAACAAAGGUUUACUUUCUCACAAAAGCCACUUUCAGUGUUGCGACAAACUUUGGAUUCAAACGUGCUUGCCGACACAUUGGACGUCUAUUGGAAAAGCUUUCUUAUAGCAUUCAAUAAAGGACAUCACGAAGUUGAGGGAAUUAGGUGGUUAAAUUCUUUAAACAGAGCGGGAGCUUUGCUUGGGUUUAGCAACACUUCCAAACCCGCAUAUAAGCAAUCUUCUAUGAGAGCACCACAAAAUAUCAUGGAAGAAAUAGCCACGAGCUUGAGAUCUAUGCAAAUAGUUCCACAUGGUCUUAUUGUUUCAAGCUUGGACGAAACCGAAAUCAGUAAGUAUGGAUUUGUGAACUGCCAUAGCGUAACUUCAAAAUUUUCCAGAGAUACGUUAGUAGAUGUUUAUCGUUACUUAGAAUACGAAGUCCCUGUUUUUUCAAAGGUCAAACUGAAAAUGAAUCUGGAACUGAAAUUGAGACUGAAAUUGAGACUGAAACUGAGACUGAAACUGAAAUUGAACCAGAAACCAGACUUAAAACUGAGACAGGUUGCUACUGGUGAUAGAACUAAUUUAGACAAUAGUAGUGAGGGAUAUUCCCUGUAUAAUCCAUUGCAUUUGGCCGGUAAUCUUUUGACGAUGCCCAUAUAUAGUGUGUCAGAGUACAUUUCACAACGGGGCAUAAAUGAUGCACACACCAACGUUUACGAGGAAACAAACAACAAUGAAAACAAUAUUCAGGCUUCUAAUUGGUCGUUGGUUCCAUCUUUUUUGAGAUCAACAGGUACAGGUUCUGAACCUCUAGCCACACACGAAGCGCAUACAACUAUGGGGAGAUGUUACUUCCUAGAAAGUGACAACAACCACGAGAAUGCUAAUCAAGAUGCAGAAGGAGAACAAGAGGAAGAACAAGUGGAAGAACAAGUGGAGGAGGAGGAGCUGGAGGCGCAGGAAAAUCACGAUUCUGAUGAUCAGGGGUGCUUUUUUUUCGAUGAAGCAUCAGAGAGUGGGUCUCUCAAGGUCGUUUACAUCCUGGAUUAUGAAGGUAUUGUAAUGAAAUGUGGACUUCUCACUUUUGUCAAAAAGAAAAUUGCAAUAUCACUCAUUUACGAGGACCCAGAGCUUGAAGUGCUCAACUUGAAUAAUUUUUGUAAUCAGCUCAAAACUUUUGUUUUAGAUGAUCUCGUUGAUGAAGUUGAAAGUACUUUUGGAUAUGGUAGUAGUAUAAGCAAGAGCAAUUUAAGCCAUAGCUUCAAUUCCGUGCAGUCCUUGACUUUUGCGCAGAUAGCCGCGAAUUUAGAGGAUGGUUUCUCAUACAUUAUUUACGACGAGCCUAGAAAUUGUUACCAGACAUCUCUAUCUUUCUUACCAUUUGACGUAUUGGAGAAAAAAACAGUCUACCAUAUUCAUGAUCAACUAUACAAAACAAUUGGACCUUUAGUUGAGAAGUGGAAGCUCCUGCAGAAGACACAACGAGUUAACGAGUUUUUUCAUAAAUUUUCAACAGAUAGUGGGAACGAUUGGAUAGUUUACUAUGUGAAGCAUGGUCUGAAAGUUAUCGUCGUUGUCAAAAAGCAGAGUAAAACCUGCAAAAAUACUCUCUACAGAGACACAAGUACUUCUGUGCAAGUUGACAAAUCACUUUUAAACCAAAUGAGUGGCACAAUUUCGAAUUACGCGAAUUUAGGAUUCUUGCUUAACUUGAGUGAUGAUGUCAAGUAUUGGCUAGGCAUGAUUAUCGAAAACUCCGAGUUUGAUGAAAGAGUCGACAACAAUGAUGAACACGGAAUCGCAAUUGACACGGAAAGCAGUAUUGAAAACAUAAAUUAA